AUCAAUACAUCAUCAGAGCUCUCGCCAUUGCAGCUUAGCCGCCCAACAUCCUUCCAUCCAGUAGCCUUGUUAACUGUUUGUUGUUUAUAUUACCACGUGUCUUGUAAUAGAAAAGGAGAAUACAGAAGUUGGGACUAAACGUCUUUUCUCAUGAACUUAUCUUUAUAAACCAAUUAUUUGGGCACGUUUAUAUCAAUCAUUGAAUGGAAUUGAGCUAUUUGUUGUCUUAUCCACUGUUUUCUUACUAGUUAUGUGGAUCUGUUUAACCAAGACAACUAUGGUCAAGAAAGAAACGAAUAUCCAGUCAUCUGCUAAAACAACCAGCAAAGAUGGAGAGCGGUGAGGACGGCGGCCUCAAUGCCGGUGGUUCCGUGGGAGAGGAGAACUACUUCCUUGGAUACACAUUCACCGACCGCUCGCACUCCAGCCGUGUGGUGAAGAGUAUCAUGGACUUGUGCCUGGAGGAUGGCCUGUUUGCAGAUGUGACCAUCACAGUUGAUGACAAAGAGUUUAACUUGCACAGGCUGGUGCUCUCAGCACAGAGCAGCUUCUUCCGCUCCAUGUUCACAUCCAACCUCAAAGAGUCUCACAACCGCAGUAUUGAGCUGAAAGACGUCAGUGCCACCGUCUUUCAGCUGCUGAUUGAUUACAUAUAUCAUGGUACAAUCAAACUGAGAGUGGAGGAGCUGCAGGACACAUACGAGAUGGCAGACAUGUACCAGCUGACCGCACUGUUUGAGGAAUGCUCCCGCUUCCUUUCACGGACAGUGGAGGUCAAAAACUGUUUACAGGUGAUGUGGCUGGCAGACAGACACAGUGACCAGGAGCUGUAUACUGCAGCCAAACACUGUGCAAAAAUACACCUUGCUCAGCUGCAUCAGACUGAAGAAUUUCUCAAUCUGCCUUUCUGUCUACUCCUGGACAUUAUCAAAGAUGGAGUACCAAGCUCUCAGAACCCAACAGUGGCCAUCGAUGCAUGGAUAAACCAUAACAAGGUCGAGAGGGAGGAGUUCUCUUGCAUCCUUAAAGAGAAUCUUAAGGAAAUCGGUGAGAAUGUCCACAUAUACCUGAUUGGCAAAGAGGAGACGAGGACUCAUUCGCUUGCAGUAUCUCUUCACUGUGAUGAGAACGAUGCGAUCAGUGUGAGCGGUCAGAACAGUUUGUGCCAUCAGAUCACAGCGGCUUGUAAACAUGGCAGUGACCUGUAUGUGGUAGGAGGGUCUAUCCCCCGCCGCAUGUGGAAGUGCAACAUGCACACUAUGGACUGGGAGCGCUGUGCGCCGCUGCCCAGAGACCGCCUCCAUCACACCAUGGUCUCCGUCACAUUAGAGGAUGCCAUUUACUCUCUAGGAGGUAAGACGUUGCAGGAUUCUCUGUCCAACGCCGUCAUCUAUUACACUGUGAAGGACAAUAUGUGGACAGAGACCAACCAGCUGGAUACUGCGGUGUCAGGAGCUGCUGGCGUCAACCUGGGCGGCACCAUCUACCUGCUUGGGGGGGAGGAGAACGACAUGGACUUCUUCACGAAGCCCUCUCGCCUCAUUCAGUGCUUCGACACAUCCUCCCAAAAGUGCCAGAUCAAACCAUACAUGCUGCCGUUUGCGGGCUGCAUGCACGCCGCCGUUCACAUGGAUGUCAUCUUCAUCGUAGCAGAAGGAGACUCCUUGGUGUGCUACAACCCUCUCCUGGAGAGUUUCACGCGGCUGCGCUUUCCUGAAGUGUGGAGUUGCAUCCCGUCGCUGUGGAAGGUGGCAAGCUGUAAUGGCUGCAUAUAUGUUUUCAGAGACAAGUGCAAGAAAGGAGACGCAAACACUUUAAAGUUUAACCCUGCCACUUCUGUGGUCUCGGUCAUAAGAGGUAUAAAAAUCCUCCUUACAAACUGGCAGUUUGUCUUGGCCUAACCAUGUGUUCACUCAGUCGUCCACACGCAAACAAUUCCAAAGAACAAAAUUUUUUCCAGCAACAUUUCUCUGGCUUCCUGUUUCUGUGAUGUUAUCGUGGACCAUCUAGCAGAAGAUUUGUGACGACCAGUAAUGAAGUAACCUAUUGUCUCCUGUGAAAUGAGUUAAUUUGUAUGCACGAUCUCAUGCUUGUCGUACUGUUUUAGGCUGCAUUUCAAGUUUUCGGUGUGGAAUAAACAGAAAAUGCAAAGAUGUGA